GAUAACUUCCUGUAUAAAUGAUCGAAACAUUUCGAGACGUUCCGAGAAUCUUGUUUCCGAGGAUAUCGAAUGGCCCAUAGACGCUUCCAAAACUCACCAAUAAAUAAGCGUAAACCCCAAAAAUAACCUCUCUGUGACGCCGCUGUAGCCACGAAGAAUGUCGACACAUAAUACAAAUGAUAACCUUGCGGUAACCAUGAUAUUGUUGUUGCUUUUUUAGUUGAUGUAAACCAAAAGCUGUUCAAAGUUUAGACAUAUGUUAAAGUUCAUAAAACUUAAUAGAAAGAUAGAUAUUCGAGAUGAGCAUUUCGCGGUAACCGUCAUACUGCAUUCAUUAUCUGUGUUUUGUAAACUACAUCUCUUUCAGGUUGUUCCUUGGGUUUUCCUGUCAAUCCCGCAAAUUCGUUCCUUUAGUAUUACAGAGUGUAGACGGACUUUGAUUGAUUUCUGUACUCAAUCGAUUUUAUUGCAGCAUCUUGAUGACAAUAUGGAUAAAAAAUAAAGAUAAACAAUGAGUGGGAAGAUAAGAUAUCAGUUUCUUUUUUUUAUAAUAAAUACAACUCUUUAUGGACUUGACAAAGCUUUUACUUUGCAUUGCCCCUUUAAUUCGCAGUGGAAAUUAAAAGCAAGUGGAAAAUGUAAUAUAUCCGACACAUAUCAGUGUUUAUACGAUGUAAAUAAAUUGCAGAACAUCGAAGCAUGCAGGGACAGACCACAAUUUGAAGCGCCUGGGUAUAAAAUACAAAUAGUUGGAAAUUUAGAAGGCGUACAAUGUGCGAUUGAUCGUUAUCAACCCUUUAUUUUCUGGACAAAUGGUAGUAGCAGUUGCAAAUUUGAAAAAUCAAUUUGCGCUGAUGAAGGACAAAUACCGUUUUCAUUAAGUACAACUAAAGCAGACAGUACUUGUAGAUGUGACUACACACUAGGAUAUGAUUUUGUAUUUAGACCAAGAAAUGCAUGCUUCUGUAUUCCCUCUGAAGAAGAAUGUUCUUGUUUCAUCAGGCAAUGUCCUAGUGGAUUUGUACUUUCUCCAGAUUAUAAAUGUGCAUCAGUGGAGGAGUUGCUUGCAAACUCACAGUGUCCAAUACCAGCUAUAAGUGUAGAAGAUACUGAAACACAGAUCCUGUCCAAAAAUGUGCCAAGUGAUUCUCAUGAUUAUAAUGAUCUUCCUGUCCUAAAGAUUGUCGUCUCGGUGCUGAUUUUGCUGGUUAUAGGUAUUUGUUUCGUGCAAAUCAUUGGUGUUCUUAUCUUAUUCUUAUGAAGAAAUUGUCACAGGGAAAUGUCUUUGGCAAAUUAAAAAGGAAAAGUAAAUGUGCCAUGAAGCAGUUCCAGUCAUGUGUAGCAACAGGACUGUACUGUGAUGAAUAGAACUUAAAAGAUACAUUGAAUCAAAAUAUAGAAUUAACCAAACUUGUUACAGAUGAUACUCUCAUGAUUCUUUUGAAGGACAUUAAUAAUGAGAAGUAAAGGAAAAGACCAUAUUAAAAUGACAGCAUAUCGAAUAUCUAAAUAUAUAUUUAGUCAGUUAACACAAUAAUUGACCUACAUACUUUACAGCAUUUCAUUUUAACAAUGUGUGAAUUUUGUCUAUCCAAGCUGAGUUUAACAAAAUGCUUUAAAAUUAAAACAUUAAUAUUA